AUGCCAUCGCACAUAUUCGGAUGGCGCCCUUUCGAGUCUGUUACCAGCGGUGUCACUUAUGCAGAGGGCGAGCCGAAGACCACUGCUACCUCCGGUCACGGCGUUGUGUUCAACUACACCACCAGACAUGCAGAACGAGACUUGGCUGCGGUGACCAUAGCGGAUAUCGAGCGAAUCGCCACAGCCAGGCUAGAGCCUGGGGUCGGCUGGUACUACAACAGCGGUGCCGACCAGGAAGUGACGAUUAAAGAAAACAAGGAGGCCUUCCAGAGGUUGCGCUUCAGGCCUCGCAUGCUCGUGGACGUGUCUCGCGUGAGCACGGCAACGACACUACUGGGCCAGCCGGUUUCCAUGCCCGUUGGCUGUGCGCCCUCGGCGAUGCAACAGCUGGCGCACACCGACGGAGAAAUCGGAACCGCGCAAGCCACCGAAGCAGCCGGCACGGUGAUGAUCCUCAGUUCGAUGAGUACCAUUUCGCUGGAGGAGAUUCGCCACAAAGCCCCCAACUGCACCCUGUGGCUUCAGGUAUACAUCUACAAGGACCGCGCCCUCACCGAGUCUUUGGUGAAGCGGGCCGCUGCCGCGGGUUUCUCCGCCAUCGUGCUCACUGCUGACUCACCGGUGUUCGGCCAGAAGAUCAUGGCCAACAAGUACCGCUUUCACCUCCCCAGGCACUUGAGGUUUGGCACGUUGGAGCGCUCCCUUCCCACGGCGACUGUCAAAAACCACGCCGACUUCGAUGCGUUUGUCGACGACCACAUCUCGCCCAGUGUGACGUGGUCGGACGUCGCCUGGCUGCGAAAGGUCUCCGGGCUCCCGGUCGUUAUGAAAGGCGUCCUAACACCUGAAGCUGCCAUAAAGUGUUACGAGAGCGGAGCUGCGGCCAUCAUCGUGUCCAACCACGGAGGACGCCAGCUGGAUGCCACACCGGCUUCGAUCGACGCGCUGCCCGAGAUUGUGGACGCCGUGGGCGAUCGCCUCGAGGUCUACCUGGACAGCGGAGUACGCACGGGCGCCGACGUGGUCCGGGCUCUGGCUCUGGGUGCUCGAGCAGCCUUCGUCGGCAGACCCGUGCUGUGGGGGCUCGCCUAUAACGGCAUGAAGGGCGUGAGCACAGUGCUUGACAUAUACCGAUCGGAACUCGAGCGGACCCUCAGGCUACUAGGGUGUCCCGACGUAGCGGAACUCACUCCCGAGUUCGUCGUGCACAAGAGUUACUUUUCGUCGCCUCACUACCGACUGCGGCCGCGCUUUCCUUCAGAAGUGGAAGGAAGCAUAAACAACGAGCCGGACUGGACCUCUACUGCGAGCCGAUAACCCCGAGGCUAGCCAACAACUGCGGAGCCACAAGCACUGGAUGACCAGUCGGGAAAAGCCGCAAUGCAAACUCUAA